ACCCUUGCAUAUUUGCGUCCACCAGUAUGGCUUGACAAGAACUGUUCUGCCAACUGUCCCUGCAGUUGAUAGACACUAAACCAGGGAGCAGACUUGAGGCGACAGGGUCUGUGGGAGAGACUUGGCAAGCCUAUGACAAGUGAUAAUAUUUGGAUAAGGAUGAGUGGGCUUAUUACAUCGUUGAUACUUAGAUAAGGAAUAAUGGGCUAAUUAUAAAUAUUAAAAACAGGAGGGUGGACUUAUGAUUCAAUAUGAGAUGGGGAGAGUCUGCUUGUUAUAAUAACGUUGAUACUGGGGCAGUUAACGGUUGGUUUGUUAUAAAUAACCUUGCCUGAGAUGGGAGGAAAGUACAGCCGAGGGGAAGAGAGGAGGCCUUUGGGUUUUCCAGGCUUCUCUGCGCUGUGUUGCUGUCAGAAAAAAAAUAGGGAAGAGACACCCUUGGGUUUCUGCGAUAUUAAGGCACCGAGAAGCAACCCGAGCUUUGGAAGGGACGAUCCUGCUUAUUUAGACAUGACAUACUUUCCUGACAAUGAUCUGCACAUGGCGGCCUGUGCAGGCGAUUUACCUUUUGUGCGGCUGUACUUUACUCUGGGUAAAUACGAAGUCAAUCACAGAGACAAGGAGAAUAGGAAUGCCAUGCACUUUGCCUGCUUCUAUGGACAUUUAGAAUUGGUGAUAUAUCUCUGGAGGCGUGGCUGUGAGAUUAAUGUGUGUGACAAUCAUAACAUCACACCCCUGAUGAAGGCUGUCCAAAGCUGGGAAGAUAAAAUCGUGUGUUUUCUGCUAGAGCACCAUGCUAACCUGCACAUUAAAGACAGCAUGGGUAACACUGCUCUGCACUAUGCUGUCUAUAGUGGGAAUUCAGCAACGGCUGCCAGGCUGCUACAGUACGGAGCAGAUAUUGAGGAAAGGACAAAAGUAAGGAUCACUCUGCUUAGAAACAG